ACAUGGCUAAUAUCGUUACUGUGAUUUGCUAGAUGGUAAUACUGGUAGAAAUUGCUGAUUGAGAUCAUUGAAGUGGUGCCAUGAGGGGAAUUUUGUUUGAAAGUUUUGGCGCGUACUUUUGUAGUGCUGGACGCCGAUAGUGAGGUGUUAUGGCGUCACGGAAUCGAACCUCACUCUCCUCGACCACUCGUAGUUCUUCGCCGGACAAAUCUUUGGGAUCAACAACGCCAUCGCCUUUGGCGUCGACAGAGAAAUUAGCAGCUUCUUUAUCAGAGGAACAAUUAUUGAUACAGAAGAGGACAUUUACAAGAUGGAUAAAUCACUUUCUUCAAAAGCACAAGCCUCCAUUACAUAUUGAUGAGUUAAUUGAGGAGCUUAAAGAUGGCACAAAGUUACUGGCUCUGUUAGAAGUGUUGUCAGGAGAAAACUUGCCCAAAGAAAAAGGAAAUAAGAGACCACAUCACCUUGCAAAUGUUGGAGCUGCCUUGAAAUUUUUGACAACCAAAAAUGUGAAAAUUGUAAGCAUCCACAGAGAAUCUGUAGUUGAUGGAAACCAAACAUUUGUUCUUCUAUUGAUCUGGGCCAUUAUUAACCAUUAUCAGGUGGAAGGAUUUUAUGCAAACAAAAAGAAGUCUAGGACAAAGAAAUCUCUCCUGGAAUGGUCUCAGAAAGCUAUCCAAAAAGCUACAGGGAUUAGUGAAGCUGUGAAAAACUUUAACACCAGCUGGAAGAAUGGCAUGGCAUUCCUGCAGAUUAUUCAUGCAUUUAGGCCUGAUUUGGUGGAUAUCGGCUCAAUGCAAGGUCGCAGCGACGUUACAAAUCUGAAGGAAGCGUUCGAUGUGGCUGAGACACAUCUUAAAGUGCCCAAACUUUUGGAUCCAGAAGACCUUACUGUGGAAAAACCUGAUGACAGAUCUGUCAUGACAUAUGUGGCGACACUCUGUGACACUCUUGAAGCACAGAAAACGAAGUCCCCAAAACGACCUGCCUCACCGUUGAAAACCACACCAAAAAGACCGUCCUCGAGCUCUCCGAGCCCCUCUUCAAAAGGAGUCGGGACUAGAACUCUUAGUCCCGAACCAAGCUCUCCCGGGUCGCCGAGAGAGCAAGCCAGAAGGAGCCCCUCUCCGGCAAGAACAAAAUCAACAGGAACAACUUCUCCAACGAAGGGAGGUAACGAAAAGGCAGUUACCUCCUCACCUACCCCUCCCAUAAAAACAAACGAACAGACUAGAAGAAGUUCAUUGCCUCUGAAAUCCAAAGAUCAGAAAACUUCCUCCGCGGGAAAUGAAACAGUCCGAGGAAAGCUGACUACACCCAACUUAAACUCAGCUGCCAAGGAAAGCUUUAGAAACGGAACCCCAAGUCCUAAAACGUCUACUGUGGAGGAACCCAUGGACAUCUCUCCCACUAGAGAAACGAAUCCCUCGCCGCCGAAGAGACGCGAAACUCGAUCGCCUAGCCCUUCGCCAACUUCGGCUGCACCGAAAAAGCCUCGGGUAAGCCAUGGGAAACUGUCAGUGGCAUCGGAUCAUGCUGAUAGGUUGAAGAACAAGAGGCAUUCACUCGCUGUGGAAAGCAAGAAGCUGUCUGCAGCCGGCGAUUCCGGCCGCAAGAAGAGGGCAAGCUUUGCCGGGUCGCUCAGUUCGGUGCGUAAGCUUAGCUCAACGGGACCUGCGCCGAUGGAUGUUGAUUCCUCUUCGAGUGAUUUGGAAGAGUCCGAGGAUGAUGGUGACGAGUUUGAGGUUGGAUGCGAAAAGAGAGACGUUGAGCAUGAAUAUAAGGAGAUCAUAGAUUGGUUAAACGAUGUGGAAAGUCGAGCUUCUCUGAUGGAACAACAAUGGAGCGAGGAAGGCGAAGAAGAUGAAUCCAAAAAGAAACGUAAAGGGAAACAGAUACAAAUCUUUCGACAGCAAAUUCAGCGCCGUGAGUAUCACAUUAGUCGGAUUGUAGAGAAAAAAUACCCCGAGUUCACCCUUGCUGAAGACAAACUUAAGGUGCUGGUCACAAAGUGGGAAAUAGUCAAACAGAAAGUAACCGUGUUGGAAGAGAGGAUCUGGGAAGUAGGACGUUACGUGAAGAAAGAUGGCAAGCUUGGUAACCUGCUGUUGUGGUUACACGAAGCCGAGGCCCUUCUUAACUAUUAUGAAUCGGACGAGAGCUGGCUUUGCGAGGUUCCCGCAAAAUUUCUACUGAAGCAGCACGAGACUUUCUUCAAGGACUUAGAUGAACACUGCAAGGGCCUGGAUGCCAUUCUUCAAUCUGGCGUCGACGACGAUGUUAUAGUGGACGCAUCUUUACUGAAAGAAGUCGACAUGCGCAUCAAAGCAGUCCAAGAGAAGUCCGCUGACAGGUUGUUGAGGCUCGCUUAUGAGAAAUCCAGGUCGAAAAUCUUAGGACAGCUUGAUGCUGGACGGAAGCAAAUGAACUGUCAACCAAUCAAGUACGCCUCGCAGGGUCACGUGGAGAAGGCUCUGAAAGAAUACACGAUGUUUUUUGUCGACAAAAACGUCCUCAAGAAAUGCAAGAAACAUCGGCGAGAUCUUCAUCACACUGCCGAGGCGUACAUGAACAUCCUUCCCGAGUCGCGCACGACGGAAGUGAAAAGCCUGGUAUGGAACGUAGAUCAACAGGUGGAUAAGAUCAUGGAAGAGGCCAGUUCACGACAUAGACACCUUGAAGAUGUUAACAAGAAGUGGAAAACGUUCGAUACGUUGAUUGAGUCUGUUUGCAAAUGGAUGGAGGAUGCUGAAGCGCUAAUCACAAACGGAACUCUCAAAGCUUGUAAGGAAUACUUGAAAGAUAUCGAGAAAAUUCAAGCAGACGCGUCAACGGUGCAGGAUUGUAGUAAAACAAUCACAGUGUACUGCCAAGACCGGGUAAAAAUUGAAAUAAACCAGAGGCUCCGUGACAUGGAUCGACGUCUAAACCGGAUCAUCAGACGAAAUUCGCGAAUCAUGAAAUGCGACAAGCGUAACUCUAAACUGGAGCGGUUCGAAGAAACAGUCGACGGGGUGAUGGACUGGAUUUACGACGCCGAGCUUUUUGUGUCUUCUGCUGUAGAGGGGACAUAUGAGGCCGUCAGAGAACGGACUCACAGACUUGAGGUGACACAGAGAGAAAUCGGAGAAUGUGAGUCAAAUGUGAACUCGUUAAACAGACUCACUAAAGGCAUACUCAAAGACUUCAAAACAGAUAUGGCUUCUUCCAUUAAUGCAACUCUGUCGAACAUCAACAGAAGAUUUGAUAAAAUUAAAGCUUCAGUUCCCCAUAGGUAUCACACAUUGAAGCAGAUCCUACCCCAGCUGGAACUCUUUGAAACUGGUUUCGAUGACGAAUUAAAAUGGUUGGAUGAAGCAGUGGUGGGGUUGGAAGCGUAUAAAAAUGUGAGCACUUUGGAGGAAGUCGGAAGAGAACUUGGAAGACAUACGGAACUCUUUGAAGACAUUGACCAGCAUAGUAACUAUGUGGAGUCCAGAAACCACCUGUACCUCCAGCUUCGAAACUCUGUUGCCGAAAAUGUUGACUUCUCAAAGCCACAAGAGAAACUUCAUUCCCUCAACACCAAGUGGAAAAUAGUGCAAGGGGGAAGAGAAACACAUUCUCAAAAUCUAGAAGAAUGUUAUAAGCUGUUGAAACAGUUUGAAGAGGACGCCAAAAAAAUGCGGUCGUGGACUCUGGAAGCAGAUUUAUCGAAGGCAUCACACGACGAGCUAGAAGACGCACAGGCAACAUACGAAGACCUUUUAAAAACACAUGAACAACUCCGAACCAUCAUUCCCAAUGAACAAGUCAAGCGACGUUUGGAGGGUGAAGCUUCCUUUAUCACACAGGAGUGGGGUGAAGUGUACAAUCGCGAGAAAUCGCGGGUGGUAAGAGGCCAUGUUGAGGAGUUACGAUCAUCUUUAGAUAGGAACAUUCAGGCUCUUGAUAAAGAGUGGGCUGAAGUGAAUGAACAAUUUAGCAGCCAAGGCUACACUGCGGACCUUCAUGAGCGUUACCAGCGAGUGCUGUCUUCCCCAGAAGCUUUUCGUCGCAUCGAGGAAGACUUCGAUAACCUUCAGGAAACUAAGUCCAAGGUGAAGUCCCCACAAGAAGAGGAUCAGUUUGAGGCAAUAAUGCAACAACUUCGAUCUAGCUGGGAAGAUGUGCAGGGCAAGAUCAAAGAACUGCACCCCAAGGUCCAGGUUAUGGCAGAUGCCUACUCUGAAUACAAGGAGAAUCUACGGUUACUGACGGAUUGGGUAGACAAGGUAGAAGAAGCCUGUGAAGCCUUGGAAUGCGUGGAAGAUUACAGUGAAUUUCAACCUCUCAUGGAGAAAUUUCAGGCUCUCUCGUCUGAAAUUGACGAAAAAAUUCAAUCACUACAAAGACUGAAUGAGCUGUCACAAAAUCUUGGGAGAUCCUCGAAUAAUCAAGGGUUCACCGAUGAGGUUCAAGGCGUUACACGGCGAGUACAUGCUUCGUUACCUACCGUGCGUGACAAAAGUAACAGACUCUCUACCAUGCUCCGGUGCUUUGAACAUCAGCAGUGUACUCAAAAACAUAUCACGUUUCUCAAGGAGGUAAAAAGUCGCCUCGAGGUUGAGUUUUGUGUUGAUGGCGUAGUGGAUGCAGAGAACGAACUUGAGAAUAUUAAGGACAUUAUCAAAUCUUUAGACUCUCACCAAACCCAAAUCGAAGAGGAGAUCGCCAAAGGCAAAGAACUCAGUCAAGUGGAUGGCGUUCUGGAUAUGGUGCAGGCCAAUGUGGCUAGGCUGGAAUCUCUCUCAAGAGAGGUAUCCCAUGACUGUCAACAGAGGAACGAGGAAUUGGAGACUGCGUUGAAGAACUGGACCCGCUAUAAUGCGGCUUUGGAGAGCUUUAAAGAGGCUCUCGCCAAUGGGGAAGUGGAACUUAUGCGAAGGAAGACAUUGAUUGUCACUGGGAUCGAGACAGUUGAAGAACAGAAGCAAGAAAUUCAGGACUUUCAACGAGAUCUCCAAACUCAAUUAGCGGAAUUCAACUUCAUUUUUUCUCUCGGAACUACGAUCAAAAUGAAAGCCAGUGAGGAUUGCAAAGCGAGAAUCGAGGACCAACUGAACAGCAUUUCAUCACUUAAAAAGUCACUCUUCGACGAAAUAGCAGCUUUUCUUGAAAACCUGGACAACAAAGCCAAACAGUGGGAAGGGUUUCAGGAACAGAUGGACAAAUUUGAGGAGUACAUGGACAAGGUGGAUUCCCGUUUGGAAAGGAGUCGCAAAGACAGCAGAGUGUCACAGGAAUGGCUUGCUCAAGUCAAGGGAGUAUCAAAUGAAUUAUUUCAACGUCGGCAAAGUUUCACCGUCUUCCAGGAAGAAGCCCGCAAGCUUUCCGAAGGUGUGAAUGAUGCGGGAACGAUGCACUUCAAAGCAAAGUUGUGCAGUUUGAGAGAGCGAUGGAAUGAACUGUUCGAGAAGGCGAGGAUGUCUGAAAGCAACGCAGAACAGGGUCUGAAGCCACUAAAUGAGUAUCAAAAAGUGUUUGAAGAAUUCACUUCUCGGUUUGAAGAACUGGAAGAGAAACUGGCUUCCCAGGUUCCCUAUUUUGGAAGUUCGGAAGAGGUCGCUACUUUCAUAGAAGGAGAUAAGAUACUUCUCGCAGAUCUGCGUGAAUUAAGAGGUGUCCUCGACAACUUAAUCUGGAAAGGUUCCGAGCUUUCGGCCAGCAUGAAAGUCAAGGAUCUUGAUAUCAAAGACACUCUGAAGCAACUAGAAGAGAAAUGGAGCCAGGCCGUGCAAAAUGCCGAGAAAAAGCUUGAAGACUUGGACGACCUCAGAAUGGAGUGGGUGGACAAGGAAGAGAUGCUGGUCAAUAUGGAAUCUUGGGUAGUCCAAGCUGAAGACAAACUGGAGAGUGAAAGAGGAUUGUCGAGUAGGGACGAACAAAGCUUGAGAGAGGCACUAGAAUGUUACGAGGCCAUAAAACAAGAGAUGGAAACCUGUGAAGGUGAUUUCAAGUCAGCCGUUGAAAAUUAUCAAGAGUUGUCAAACACCAGCAAGUACAUGUUUUACAUCCAAGACAGGCUCGUGGACGAGAAGUGUGAUUCAUUGCGAAAAAAAUGGGACACCCUCACAAACGGCAUUCCAGAGAGAGUAGAAUCUCUCAAGGAGGAACUGAGCGAUUGGAGAAGCUUCCAUGAGAAGUUGGAUGCAUUUAUAGCUUGGGUCGAGGAAAUGGAGGGGUUUACUAAGAUUGAAAAACCACGUGAUGAGACGGAGGCCAUGCAACAACUGAAGGGACUGGAGGAAUUUCAGUCCAGCUUCAGAAGUCGUCAGGACUCCUUUGAAUCGCUCGUGAAAGAAGGACGCGAAGUGCGACUUCAAGCUAGUAAAGGUGAAGAAGCCGAAAGACUUGGCGAGAAACUCACGAACUUAACCGAUCGUUGGGACGAAAUGUUGAGAUGGGCUGCUGGAAGAUACCAAUUGCUUGUUCUUUCACGUCACUACUUAGAUACGUCUAAGCAUGUGGUGCAAUAUCUGGAAAAGAUCGAGGAGAAGCUAAGUACCGCUAAAGACAUACCUCCCGCAGUGCUGGAAAAAAUAAAGGAAGAGUCAAGAAAAGCAAAGGCCAAGGUUGAUAUUUGGAAGCAGCAAUGUCUUGAUCUGGACGUGGUGGUGAAGGAAGGACAUCUGAUGCUGCAGCAAGAGUCAGGUGAAGCCGUUGCUUUCGACGAGAAGCUCAAUAAUCUCAACAGUGAGUGGCACACAGUCAUACAGGAUGUGGAGGAGAAGAAGAAAAGCAUCGAGAAAACAGCCAAGAAGUGGUGGGACUUUACCAGAAAUAAACUCAAAAUGAUUCGGUGGCUGAAAAAGAAAGAGGGGGACGCGGAGAUACAGAACGCUGCUAGCUAUCGCAUCGAUAGUGCCCAGGAUCAGCUGACUGCUUAUCAGGCCAUUCUUGACCGAUUGAAUGCACAUAAGCGUGACCUAGAAGCACUGAACAAAGCGGCACAGGAUAUGAUGGAGGUCGACGCAGACGGGAACGCAAUGAAGGAGAUCCAGGAGCUGAUCGAGCGAUUUGAAGCUUUGCAAAAAAACAUCACGGAGAGGAGAGAGUUCUUUCAAAGGGUAACAGGAAAAUGGCACAGGUUUGCUCAACAGAAGCACAAGAUGAACGCGUUCUUUAAGAACACGCAAGGGAUUGUUUCAAGGAGGCAAGUUAGGAACGCUGACGAUUGCAAAAAGCAGAUUGAAGAGUGCAAGGCUGUAGGACAAGAUUUGGUGGACAACGAGUUGGUUCUGGAAGCCGUGAAUCAGGAAGCAUUUGAAUUACUGGAAGAACUGAAACAAGGACAGGGACUGGUAGAUAUGCAGGGAUUCGAGGAACAGCUCAGAUUGGUGAACGCCAAGUGGAAUGAGGCCAAAGUUAAGGUUGGAGCCAGGCAGCAGGCGUUGGAACAAGUGGCUACUGAAUUCGAAGUUCUGGAGAAAGACACACAGGAACUUCAACAGUGGAUAAUUGACGUCAAGAAGGAACUGGGCACAACCGCUGAUCAAGAGGACCAGAAUCCUGAUGUUGUUAUACGAAGGCGCAAACUUAAGGAUGAAGUAGCUUCACGCGAGAAACAGCUGAAAAGGCUCAGUCUUCAAGCCUUAAAGAUAGUCGAAGAGUUUUCUGAUAAUGUCGAUGUCGACGUAAGCGAGUCCUUCCAACCCUUCUUUCAAGAAUGGGGCAGUGUACAAGAACUUGCCGGCAUCCCGUUAGACGAGCAACAGAAGGAAACACUAGAAAAACUUAGACGUCCUGCUUCCGUCCCGCCGCAACUCAGUAUCCAAGACGAUAGUGAGGAGGAAUUCCUUCCGGACAAACCCAACAGUGCUCCGUUGCACAGAUUAGGAAUUCGGAGUUUUUCAUUCGGAAGUGAAAACUCUUUGGAUGUUCGUGAUCGUAAGAGUUCUUAUGAAUGCUCGAUGGACACGCUCUGGAGCUCGAGUAGCACUUUCUCGAUCAACAUAGAAAACAAAGAUGACGAGUUCGAUGAAAACGUUGGAGUCUUCAUCGAGAACGCUCUUCGAGGCAACCAGGUAUUUGUUGGAGGCAGCGAACCGAAUUUGUUAGAUAGUCGCUCGAGAGAAGGCACUUUAUCGGAUCAAGACUAUACUAAGGUGGGAGCUUCAAAAUCAAUGGACCAUUCAUUGGAGGUAGAGGAAUGCUCCAAAGAGAGUAUGGAGACAGUCACUGGUGAAGAGACAUCAAGGCCUGACAGGACAGAGGACGAGAUUAAAUCCCUGCUGGAUGACCUUCUAGAAAGGAUUGUAGAUACUUGUAAGAAACUCUCAGUGUGUGCUUACACGCCCGAUGAUUCUGUGGAUGAAGUUCAGCGAAAACUUCGAGAGGGCAAGAUGUUAGAAGACGACUUGCAAAGUCAAAAAGUGGAGCUCGACGACUUAAAGGAGGACAUGCUCAAGAAGAACUUAGACGUAGCGUCUGUUGACAAAACUUUAGCAGAAGCUGGAGUUAAACUUGAGCAGGCCAUUCUACCCGCCCCAGAAAUGGAUGUGGAAAUAGACGUUGUAGUUGAGCAGUUCACCGGGUACAUUGUUGCCGUGCAGGAGUGGGGUGCGUGGUUUGGUCCUGCUAAGGCCACACUGGAAAAUUGCACAGAACCAUACAAGAACAGGGAGAGUUUGGAGGAUUUAAACGAUCAGUUACAGGUACUUCUAGACGAAAUGGACAAAAACGACCAACUUAUCGGUGAAGUUUACAGCAAGGGCGACACUGUGCUCCAGGUCAUCUCGGGUCAUAGUAAGGCCACCGUGGAAAGCGAGUUGAACCAGUUAGAAGAAGACUGGGCAGCGUUCUGUCAGGACACGUUGUCAAUCAAAGGCGUGAUCGAGGAGACCAUUCAAAUGUGGAACGAGUUUGAAGAGAACAGAGACAAACUGGCCGAGUGGCUGGGAGAAUUGGAGCGAACGCAUACAGGGUUGUUUACUGGACCGGCAAAUCUUGAAGCGCUUAAGGAAAAGUUGGAGGAGAAAGAGAAUUUACGCAAGGAAAUGGACAUCCAAGAACUUGGACUGGACUUCGUGAACGUGAAAGGCCAAGAACUGAGCAAUAAAGUUGAAGAGAAUCAAUCCAUAGAAGCUGAUCUUCAGCAAAUUAACGACAUGUGGAACAACGUACAAGAGCUGGUUACAGAACGAACCGAAGAUCUCAGAGGUAUGGUAGCCGAGCUGAGUGAAUUUGAAGAGGACCUUGGUCGUCUCGGAGAUGUACUGAACUACACAGAAGUGUGCCUUCAUGAGAGCGAGAGCUCUAAAGUUCCAGGUUACAAUGGACUUCAAAAUCAACUUGCUAAACUGAAGGCCGUUGCAAACAGUUUUGAGGGCCACGUGGCACAGUUCUCCGAUGUACACGAGCGAGGCAACCGCCUCAGGGAACGCUGCAACAGCGAGGGAAGGGUGACAAUCGACGGUAAACUUCAGACACUUCAACGCCGCUGGUCAGAUGUAAGGGAAAAGAUCUCUAGCAAAGUUCAGGACGUUGAAGGCGAGAUUUGCGAAUGGUCGAAUUUUACAAAGGAGCUGGAUCAACGGUUAACUGAACUGCGCAACUCAGACAUAAGUCUGGGAGUAGCAGUUAUCAGCACAGCGGAACUCAAAGUGUUAGAGGAGCAACUUGCUUCGGUUAAGGCCCUUUGUGACCAACUUGAACAAACCCAGCCUGAAAUCGGACAACUAUUGACCAAUGGCCGCCUUCUGUUGGACAAGGUCCCGAAUGAAGACCGCGCCUUCCUAGAGAGCCAAUUAAAUGCUCUUGAAGAGUUGCAAGCCAGCGUAAUUCGAAAGUCCUUAACAAAGCAAGAAGAACUUAUAAAGUGUAUCGUUCAGCAACAAGAUUUUCAGACGCAAGUCCAGAGUUGUAUGCAUGUGCUGGAGGAGGUGGAAACAUCUUUGGGAGAGUGGGAGCUUGGGAUAGCUUCUGGACUGGAUGAAAUGAAGGAAAAGUUGUCUCUUUGUGAGCCUUUACUUGCGGAAUUGCAGACGCAGAAAGAAUUUGUCAACAAUCUCAGCGACAAGGGAAAGAAAAUCGUUCAAGAUAAUCCUCAAAAGAAACGAGAAACGUUAGAAAAACUGAGAGCUGUUGGCGAUAAGUGGAAAAGGGUCCAUAGGCUGGCCACUGAGAAAAAGGAUUACCUGAUCAAAUGUAUUGCAGAGGUGGAGACAUUCGAGGUGAAAUACAAUGAAUGUAUGGAAGUUCUUGAGAAAUUCUCAAACGAUGCGACGGAAAUGAAUGAUACAGAUAAAGACUUAUCGCACGUCGAGUCUUCGGUAGAUGAAGUGCUUCGCGUUGGACUUCGAAUCUCGUAUCUUCUCCCGGAAAGUGAGCGGGAAAUCUUGGAGGCGCGGCUUGAGAAGCUGCGUGUAACUUGGAAAGAGAUGUGUGGCGUUCGCGAGGAAUCUGCGCGUGUGCAGGAACGUGAAGUCAUAAAGAAGGAGAAGGCUAAAAGUUUAAAUCAAGAAAAUCAAGACUUUUUGCUUGAAGUGAGUGAAUUUAGCUCGUGGCUAAAAGAAGCAGAGAGCACUUUACAGAUAGACAUGUUUUCUGUUCCUGAAGAAGAGCAGAUGGACGUCAUUCGGAAACAGGAGAAGCUGUAUAACGAAAUCCAACAACAUAGUUUGCUUGUGAACGACAUAAUGACCAAAGGCAAAAAGAUAUCUGCUCGAAUGAACGAGGAGGAGAGAGCCAGUAUCAAAGAGCAACUUGAAGACCUGUCUUCACGAUGGGACAAAGUUCGAACGCUAUCCGAUUUACAGGGUGAUGAAAUUGAACGGUGCAUCGGAGAACAGACAGAUUAUUACGAACAAUUAGAAACGUGUGUUCUUUGGAUGCAAGAAGCAAGCGCCACCAUAGCAGCCGACGGAGCUCAUCCUAGUGAUAUAGAGGGUAUUAAGGCCGAGCUGGGGAAGCACAGAGAGCUUUGUCAGGAAUUAACACGCAGAGAGGAAAUGGUGCAGGCGGUAAUGGAAAAAGGAAAGAACCUUUGCGAAAAAAUCCCUCCCGAGGAGAGAGCAGCUGUAAUGGAACAACUGACUCGUGUUAAAGAUGAAUGGUCAAAGCUGCAAUAUGAAUCUAAAGAAAAGGAAAAAGAGUUGAGGCGGUGUCUCGGGGAAACAGUCGAAGAUGUGGAAGAGGAUGAUGAGAAUAUGGUGGAAGAUGUGAAAUCCUUUUGCCGAGAAGUAGGUAAAUGGUCAGAGUGGGUAGAAGCAUUAAUGACUCGCGCCGAAAAUUCAGAGGAAAUGGUGGUGAUGCUUUCCGAAAUAGAAAACCAUUACAAUGAUCUGGAGGCAACCAUCGUUAAAGGAGAAGAAAUGCUGGAUAAAAUGACUGCAACACCAGACAGAGAGCGGCUGGAGACCUUUCUAUUGCAGCUUAAACAGGGCUGGAAGUCUCUAAAAAUGAAGGCCGGAUGCAAGAGACGUCGACAGGGUAGGUUGGGUAGUGAGCUUGAGAGAAAGAAUGUCUUGUUUGUAGUAACCAUGAGUGAGUUAAAGGGCUGGCUUAUGGAGGCGCGCGAGAGAGCCAAUCAAAUUCAUCCAACGUCAGUUCAAAGUAUUGAGGGGUUGGAAGAAGCUUUGAAAGUAUGUUGCGGAGUGAAGAAUGAAUUCCUUGAAAAGAAAGCCGCGUUUGAAGAACUGAUGUUGACAGGAAAAGAAAUAGCAGCCAGGUGGGAGAGCGAAAAUCUGGGAAAUGAGGAGGUCGUUACAGGCCAGAUGGACGGACUAAAAACGGAAUGGGGAAACUUCCGAGAAAGUAUGGAAAAGCAAGCUAACGUACUUCAAGAUGCUAUUACUCAGGCUCAACAAUUAGAAUCGGAUUUCGGAAAAGCGGAACGGAGUUUGGUGGAUGCCCAGUUCAGGCUGAACAAUAUCUCGAAUGAGGACGAAUUCGAAGCCGUUGAAUCGGAGUUGCAGAGCUUGCAAGGACUUUUAUGUGAUGUUGAAAUGUGCGAAGCCGAAAUUGCAUCUAUUGAGGCAGGGAGCCAGAUGAUGCCUUCAAGCUGUCAAGCAAUACAGGAUGCGUUCAACACCCGCGUUUGCGAAUUGACAGAAAAACUUCUGAACGUCAAGGAGAAUAUCUCAAGAAAGAUUCAGCAAGACCAAGAGACGCUAGACCAGAGAGAGCAGUUAGUGACAGAGUUGCUUGAAUGUAAAGGGUUGAUUAAUAAGGUGGAAAAUUCCGCAAACGAAGAGUUAAAAAUGGAAAACAUACCGUUGUUGGAAGAAGGAGUUGUGUUCACAAAAGAAGCUUUGUCUUCUACAGAGAACGCGUUGGCUUCUGUUCACACCAAAACCGGAGAAGUUCUCAGUAAAUUGAAACCAGCGGAGCAGUCUGCGUUACAAGCAGAAGUGAAUGAUUUGAGGUCACAGUGGGAGUACGUUGGAGAAAAUACCUGUAAAAGGGUCGAGAAUCUUGAAAAGCGUAUUGCAUCUUGUAAAGAUUUUGGCCGAGAGUUGGAAAAUUGCAACGAGUGGAUCGUUAAAGCAACAGACGAAAUUUCGCGGUCAGAGUUUGUUUCCGGCGAUGUUGCCUCUCUGGAAGAGCAUGUUGCAAGUUUGAAGACCAUCAUUGGUGAGAGUAAAUCCUCCGAGAAUGUAGUGAAUGUACUGCUGGCGAAGAGCGACGUGUUUUUAAAAGAUAUCGACGAUAUGGAUAAGGAAAUGUACGAAUCGCAAGUGGCUAAAUUGAAAAGUUCUGUCAAAGAAGUAGAAGAGCGAUCGGCAAUGGAAAUUGCUAAGCUGCAGGAGAGAAUUAACGAAAGUAAAACUUUCCAAGAGGCUUAUCAGGAACUGAAGUCGUGGGUUGAGAGUGAGUUGAUUGAAACUUGCUCUGAAGAGGUCCAAAGUUCCUCCGUAGAGGAAAGACUGAAAGAACUUGAAUUACGACGACAGUUGGUCUUGUCAAAGGAGAGCGAACUCAAACUUUUACUUGAAAAGGCAGAGAAACUAUUGAACAACGCUGACGAAGCUGAAAACGAAACGUUUCAGUAUCAGUUGUCAAACUUGCAGAGCUCCUAUAAAGAGCUAAAACGCAAGGUGGAUGUCAAUCUGUCCUCACUGCAAGGUGAACAUGAAAAAGGGAAAGAAUUUGAAGCAGAGUUGAGACAGUGCAGAAAUAUCGUGCAGGAAAUUGAAAACACCGUGUUGUCCGAGACGCCAUGUUUUACUGACAUUGAGGAAAUGGAGGCUUACGUUGAAGAACUGAAGAAGAAAUUUGAAGACGCUUUGUCUCAAAGAUCUUUGAUUUUUAGUCUUAGCGAGAAAAAAGAUCAAAUUUCGACAUCAAAAGAUGCCACAGAUGGUUACUCAGAAGUUGUAGAUAAAUGGAAAAUGUCACUCGCUCGCUUCUCAGAAAAGAUAGCGGAUACUGAACGUCGAAUUGCUUUAGAGAAGGAACUUAAUGACAGCUGUGAAGAUGUUAUCAGUUGGAUAGAUAAUGUCGAAAAGGAAAUAUCUUGCGUGUCCGACCAUGCUCAAGAAAAGGAGGAGGUCGUUGAACAAGUUGAGAGACUUAAAAGUUUAAGCAACGAAUGCGCCUCUUAUGAACAGAUGAUGGAAAGCUUACGAGGUAAGGUAGAAAAUUCGCCACUUGAAUCAAACGAGGGUUUUCAAUCAGCACAAGAAGGUCGACUUAGUUCGUUAGAGGCCAGGUUCGAAGAAAUGCACAGGCGUUUGGCGGCAAAGCUCGGAGAUGUAGAACACUGCGUGACCGAUCUUAGUGACGUUACAGAGCAAAUAUCUUCAUGUAAAGAGUGGUUAUUGCAGAAAAAGGAAUUGAUAGCCAAUGACGAACAAGUUUACGAGCUUGGAAACGUACCGCAGCUAGAAGAAAAGCUUUUCAAAUACCAAAAUUUAAGUAACGAGUCAGCCACAGCACUUGAUGGUAUUACGCAAGCCAAAGUGAAGGUUGGCCAAGGCAUUGGGAAAGUUUCGACUGCAAUAGAAGAUUCGCUAUCGAAAGAACUUAACAGCUUGUGCGACACUUUGACGGGAUUACAUGAGGAGUCGUCCGCCAAGUGCGUGGAAUUGGAGAAGCAUCUAAGAGAAGCAAAGGAAUUUCAAGACAAAGUGACGCAUUAUGAAAAUUGGUUGCACCAAGCAAAUGAUGUCUUGCAAAAGCCAUUAGAGAGUCCAGUGAGUUUGAACACCUUGGCUGAGCAUCUGAAUGAGUUGCGUUAUUUGCAAACUGAUAUGGAUGAUAAACAAGAGGAGUUCCGCAGUUUUCUUGAGAGGAAUAAAGACCUUGUUGCACGUAGCGGAGUUCAAGUCAGGCUGGUAAAAGCAAGUGAGAAGUUUGAAUAUCUUAAUAAAGAACUGCCCCAGCUUCUGAAGGAAACAGAGGCAAAGAUCAACGAAUACACAGAAAGCAAAAAACAAUUAGAGGAAUCGCAAGAAUGGUUAAACAGUGCCGCCCAAAUAGUUGAUUCUGAUAUUAUGUACUCUUUGGACGAUACAAGAGCGGAAAAACAGUAUGCUGAGCUUAAAGAUUUGCUGCCCAAAAUUGAAUCAUUUGAGGCUGUAUUAACCUCGAUGGAAGAGAAAAAAAGUUGUUCGGAUGUUGUUGAAGAGAGAGAUGACAGCAAUCUUCAGGGAAAACUUGAUUCCCUCAGAAAGAAAUGGGAAACACUUAGAGAGGUUGCAGUUGAUAAGGAGGAAACCUUACUGGCAUUUCUUCAAGCGAGAGACAAUUACCAAGCUUGCUCAGAACGUUGUCAGGUAGCUUUGGACGAGUUAAAGAACUUUUCUGUCGAUGGUUGUCAAUAUUCAGCUGAUAAAGACAACUCAAACGUCCAGCUCGAAAAACAGAGACAGCAAGUUAAGAAAUGCCAGGAACUUGAAGAACAGAUUCGUUUAUUAGAAGAGGAAGGUGAUCAUGUGAGCAGCAGGUGCGAGGAACUGAGGGGAGCGUUGCAAGACAAGUUGAAGGAAGUUAAGGAUGAAUGGCAGAAUAUCAGUGCAGAUGCUCGUAUUAGGUAUGAACAACUUGAAUCCUGGAUCUGCGAAGUGGGUGACAUUCAUUGUGAUGUUGACGUUUGCUUAGCUCGCGUUAAAGCGCUGCAUGAAUCGCUUCAGAACUGUGAUUCGGAGGGAACUGAUAUUCAAACUGCAAACGAAAUCCUCGGUCAACUUAAGCAAGCGGCUUCAGAACUUGAAUCAGAGAAGGCAAAUGUGGACAGCCUUGUUGAAAAAUGGGAUGUGCUUUUGACAAGGGUCGAUUCCAGGGAAAAGCCACAGCUGGAGAAUUCGAUUCGGGAGCUUCAAACAGCGAUGAAUGAGGCAGCAAAAUAUUCAAAAGAAAGAGUCCAUCGAGCAGAAGAACGCAUAACUAAUAUCAUCGAGUUAGAUAAAGAAUCAGCUCGCUGUGAAAGCUUGCUAACCAUUUACCAAGCGGCUGUCCCUGUUGAUGUUUCUUGUACAGUGGAAACCUUGGAAGAUCAAAUGGAAAAGCUCAAAAGACUCUAUGGAGACAUGGAGUCACGUGACAAUCACAUGACAGCUUUGCAGGAGAAGGAAGCGAAACUGUUAUCUGACGAAAUCAAUCAAAGCGGUGGCAGUAACCCUGAUGCAAAAAUCGGACAUCUGCAGGGAGAUUGGGGCAAGCUCAAGGCCUCAGUAGGAGAAAAGCUACGCGAACUUGAGCGUUUAGCUCAGACAAAGAAAGAUUUCGAAGACGACUACAACACUUGCCAAGAAGGUAUUAAGGAACUUGAAGCUGCAAUCAUAGCAAGGGAUAAUGAUAGAGGAUCUGUGGAGGAACGAGUGGAGAGAAUGCAAGAACUCUGCUCUAGGAUCAAGUCCUACCGUAACAAGCUUGAUCUUCUUACAGAUAGAUGCGAUGAGCUUCCAAACGUCGCUUAUGAUCAAAAAGAUCUUGAUCCUAGACGAAAGCUGGCUGCCGUUGUUAGGAGAUGGGAAGAGGUUAAAGCCGAGGCCUUGGGAAAACUAAACGCUCUAGAGAAAGAGAAGGCCGAGAUACAAAAACUUGCGCAAGAUACCUCGAAUUUGCAAUGUUGGGUGCGGGAUGUGUGUACUUCUUUUAUCCACAAAGACCUUCCACCAGUAGUUCAGAUGAACGAAUUAGAAAGCGCUCUUAUGGCUAACACUGAAUUACGUUCAAUUCUGGAGACUAAGUACAAAAUGUUUCAAGAAUUGUUGGCUCAGUGUAGCAAGAUCAAAGGGGAAGGACAGCGUAAAGAGACGGUGCUGACAAAUCUUCAAGAGAUAUCCAGCAGUUUGAAAGGUUUGAAAGAAAAAUUCGCAGACAGGGAUGCUGAGAUUAAAAGCCGCUGUAAGCAACAUGCCAAACUGGUAACAGAUCUAGACCGCACAAGGGACUUGUUGAUGGAAGUAAAAAGCCAAUAUAACCCUGAGUCAGUUGAUCUUGAAAGUGAAAACUGGAUUGAGGAAGGCAUUACAUCACGGAGAGUUGCGUUGGUAAAACUUGAUUCUUGUAAGCUGCUGUUGGUUUCUAUGACCGAUCAAAUUGCUAAAGAAAGCCCAGAGCGAAAAGAAAUCGGCGAAAAUGCGAUAGCAAAAGAUAUACGUGAGUUGACGGAAGAUGUACAUGUAACACAACAGCAGCUUGGUGAAGAAAUAAUACAGCUGGAAAAACUGCAGGACUUUGAUAACGAGUGCAUAGAACAAGUGACACUGUACAAAAACCUUUUAGUGAAGCUUGGUAACAUUGACUUAGACGUUAUUGCCAAAAAAGGCGAGGUUGAGCAGACCGAGCAAGAACUCGUUGUGUGCCAGGCAGUUGAUCAAGAGGUUUCGGAGAGGGAAAGAGAUUACGAAGCACUGAUUGGGAAUGAGGAUGUGGCGUUGAGUUUUGCUCCUCAAGAAAGGAAAGAAGAAAUAAGAACACGAUUUCGUCAGAUGAAUGACACGAGAAUUAGUUUGAAAGAGUUGAUUUCCAAACAAAUAGACGAAUUACGAAAUCUGGUUGCCGAACAGCAGACCUUGGAAGGCUGGCUUAAAACGGCGGGAAAUUUAGUCGCUGAUGCGGUAAUAGUGCUGGAGGAAAACCAGUGUAGCCAAACUCUUGACAGCUCCCAAAUGUCCGAGAGGUUGGAGACUCUUGCCGCCCACAUUGCCAAGAUUGAUGAAUAUCUCAAAUAUGGCGGAAGCUUUCAAGGUUGGGUUAAGGCACCCGAGGUUGCAAAAGCGAAAGCACGAAUGUCUGAACUGAAGCAACAAUUACAAAAUGCCGAUAAUGAUUGCAAGCAUUUUAAGGAAAACUGUGAGCUGUUUGAAAGCGAGGCUAGGGAAGCCGCGGUGACGUUCGAACGAUGUGCCACUGAACACCAAGUUCCUGUAUCUCUACAAGAGGCUCAAGAAAAACUGGAAAAUUUAAAGGAGUUACAAAAAGACGUCGAAACCAGACAAAAAUCCUUGAACACACGAGGUGAACAGGUCAGCGGAAAGUUGAAGAAGGUUGAGCAGAAAGAGUUCAUGGACAGACUUCGAACGCUGAACGAAGAAUGGCAGAAAGCGAAAGAUCAGUUAGAUGAACAACGUAAACAUCUCGAAGAUGGAAUAUCCAGCUGUAUGAAGCAUCUUGAUAUGCUGGAGCAAGCAAAGUCAAAAGCGAAAGAAAUUGACGGACUGCUCGAUGAGAUAAACUCUAGUACGGAGGCAGACAUAUCAGCUUUGGAGUCGAAAACUCAGGAUUUAAGAGGGAAACUAGAGAUUUUUGAAUCUCUUAUGGGAAGCAUGACAGAUGUUGCCUCAACAAUACCAUGGAAGGAGUCGAUUGAUCAAGAGUCCGCUGUGGUUAGUUUUGAAGCACUCCGGAACGACGCCAGAAAGAAACAACAAGAACUGCAUGAGACUAUUUCGUUUCACAAACAGUACCGCGAGGCAGUAGUUAAAGCAAAUGAUUGUCUGCGUGAAAUAGAAGAGAAGCUCGAGGAUGAAACGCGAAACAGAUCCGACUUUGAGGAAUGCCGGCAACAGUUAGAUGAUGUCGCUCCCCUACUUCAGACAGCGAGAGAAAAAGCCAAAGUUCUCACCAUGAUGGAACCGUAUGGAUCGCAGGGAAGAGAUGAUGUACAGUUUAAAGUCGACGAGUUAGCUGAGAUAUGGGAGGCAUUGCAGACAAAACUCCAGUACAAAAUAGCGGAAACAGAGCAGUGUCAAGCAGUAAAUGCUCUAAAUGACGAGAUGGAGACAGUUGCCAGAAGGUUAGACGAAUUGGCAGCGUCAACAGAAGACCUAACAGCAUCCAGUUAUGAUUGCACAAGAGUUUUAGAGCAAAGGGAGAAUUAUGAGUCCAUCAGCAAAGAAGUUUCUGAUCUUCAUGGUUCAGUCGAAGACCUGGAUAGCAGGUGUCAACAACUUAUGAACUCCGUUCCCCUGAAAGAAAGCGAGGAGCUUGGAGAACAGCUUGUCACGCUUAAAGCCAAAUGCGAACAUCUUGAAGAUCACGUGGCCGAGAAAGAGGAGGAGUUUGAAGAGACACUUUGGAAGUGGCAGGAAUUCCAGAGCGACAUGGACACAUGCUUUCGCAAUUUGGCCAUGAUCGAAAAGUCUUUGGAUUUCCAGUCCAUUGAUGAUGGAGAAUUGGAGGAUCGAAGAGAGACACAUCAGAUGCUCUCAGACAAUUUGGACUUCCAGGAGUCUAUUCUUCUUGAAAUCAAAGACAAAGCAAGUGACGUCUUAGAGCUUUUCCCUCUCGCAGACGUCGAUAAAGCUAAAGUCAAAUUGAUUUCCCUUGAUCAGCGGUUUCUUCUUGUCAAAGAACGCCUUCAGAGAAGACAAGAGGAGAUGCUGAAGUCUUCCGUCGACUGGCACGAGUUUGAGUGCGGGCUCAAGAGCUGUUUGGAAUGGGCACUAAGGGCAGAAGAUCGCUUAUCGGGCGAGUUAAAUUUGCUUGAAAGCGAGGUUGAUGUUGAAAGGCUCAAGGCGUUUAGCGAUGAAUUGGAUGUGCGGCAGGGUGAUUUCGAGAGCAUUCGCAGCCAAGGCGACCGAUUGGUUUGCCAGCUCAGCGAUCAGUCCGAACGAGAGGUGCUUCAAAAGCAGAUGGAUGACAUUUCGGAUCGACUGGAUCGUAUCCAGAAUCUGGUAAAUGACAGAGGACAGAGAAUCGGCGAGAGAAGUCAUUACGGAGUCGUAGAGUUUGAAGAGUCAUUGAGAGUUUGCUACGAUAGAAUGGACCAGUUUAAAAGCAAGUUGCGGGAAAUGGAGAAUUUGGAAUCGAACAACGAAGGGAAAAAUAAGUCACAGGAUCUUCAUUCAGAGGUUGAAUUCCUCCAAAGUAUGGCAAGAAAUAUACACGAACAAGGCCAAGCAUUACUCUCAGAAAUAACCGACGUAGAAAAAGACGCUGUGAUAGAAAAGCUGGAAAGAUUACAACGAGACAUUGUUGCUCUUGGAGAGAUUCCUGUUCUGUUGGUGUCUCAGCCUGGUUACGGAGAACCCCCAGGGGGUGAGGGUGCGUCAUCUCUCGUUGGUCCGAUGAAUGUGCAUGACAUGGCAGAAAAUGGAGAUUCUGAUUUAGGAGACUCAGAAAGCGGUGUCUCAUCGAUGGAAUCCUUUGAAGUCCCACUUCGCAAAGAAAACGGACGGGCUUCGAACGAAAACGGAUUGCAAGAAAACGGCGUUUCAAACUAUCACCUUGAAAACGUAGAUUUGGACGAUAAUGAAAUUCUUGAAGGCGGGAUCUCUGUUUCACCGGACGAGUAUCAGCGAAUACGAAUGAGUAAAAGCGGGGAAUCAAACGAGGAAAUUAUGGCUUCUUUUGAAUCUGUCGGUUUGGAAAACGGCUUUCACGCACAGAAUGUUAAAGAAAUUUUACUUUCUGAGUCACGGAGAUCAGAAGUUAACCUGCCCAUCCUGACCGUUACAGACGAGAAUGGGACACCUGCAGAGGUAGAAUUUGCUGAGAACGCGACGGAGAAAAGUCUGGGUAAAGAAGGAUUUGGUGAUCAGGCGGGUGACUUCUUCUUUGAUGAUUUUGAUGUCUAUUAUGGAGAUCGCCCUUCGGAAGCUGUUGAUAAUAUAGACGAGGUAUCUGAGCGUUACCGCAUGGCCAAUGAAGAGAUUGAAGGAGAUCUACCAAAAAGUGAUGCUGUUACAAACAAGGAGAGUAAUUCGGACUCUUCACUCACAGAUGGAGCUGUUGAUCUUUCACAAACUGGUGGAAAUUCUGGCAGUCAUGUGAAUGACAUUUCAGAAGUUGCACUCACACCGAGAGUUAGUAAAUUAAAAGAUGAUUUUGACAUUUCCGAUGACUCUGAACUUGAAAAGGACGUUUUGCGACAUAGCACUCCUACUGAGCUUGUCGCGACAACCGCGGAUAAUGUGAACACCACUCCAGAUCUAUUGGAAAGAACUACUGAUUCUACUGAGGUGUUUGCUAAUGUUACUGAAACUUGUGUGCCCCCGUUGAUUGAGAAGAAAAUGAAAGGAGAUACCUCUCUUGAUAGAGAUCUACAUGCGGAUUCCCAAAAUCGUAAUUCGACCGCAGACACAAUUCCAACGAAUCCACGCGACCCGGCUCCUCGAUCCGAUCUAGAACCAAGUUUUGUGAGUUUGGGGCCAAACGAAGAAAUGGAUCAACUCGACAAACUACUGAAUAUCAACGGGAAUACCUCCGAGGACGACGUUAGAAACACUGAAGGGGAAAAACCACAAGACAAAAUCGCCUCCAUUUUAUCACAGCGUCGUAAGGCGGAGGAGGCUGAAAGGCUCCGAUUUGCAGAGAACUCGGUUAGAGACGCUGACUAUGAGCUUUUCACCUCUCGGCCCUUAGACCUUAUUGAUAGAAGCUCCCCAUUAAAGGAUCUUGAUGAGUCGGAAAAUAUUCUGCAUGAAAACAUGUCUUUGGAUGCAUUUCUUGUGGAGGUUGAAAAGUUAUUGGAAAAGUUGCACUCCAUUGAGGAACUGAUUACGACUGACUUGGAGGAUGAGGACAAUGUGAAAGAUGAGCUGGCUAAGCAUGUGGCUCUGUGUGUUCUUAUGUCGAAGCAACAAGAUCGUGUUGAUCAAAUGAACAUAUUGUCUAACAGUUUCCUUCAUGGUAGUGCCAGUAUGAAUAUCAUUCUUGAAGAGCGACUUCGAGAGAUAAACGCUCUUUGGAAAGAGGUUCAAAUGCGGGCGUCAUCGAAGCAAGAAGUUCUAGAACGCUGCGUCCAAGAGCAAACGCAGAACUUAGAGAGCACUCGACAGAAAGAAGUGACCGCGUUCACUGAAAACUUCUCAUUUUUGAGGUCGCUUUAUCUAACUGUCGACUGCUGCGAUGAAGAUUGUGAUAGUAGGCGGGCUGAUGCUCUUGAAGUAGAGACGCUUGAAGAGGUUUACGAUCAGGAACUAAGUAAUCAAAUUGAACUUCAUGAAUUGUUCGAGGAAUUGGCGUCCUUGGAGGAAUGUGCUGUGUCCGAAUUGGUAGUUGAAGGUGAUUUAACGAAGUACCAGGAGCAGCUGACACGAUUACAGGAACUCAUAGUGAACCUUACGCAAUUAAAGCAUAAGUUGGAUGGCGUCUCGCGACGAUUGUCUUCAUCUACACCUAAAGACGAAAAUCUCCGGCAGCAAGUUUCGGACCUUAACAGUUUAAUGAAAGGCGUUAUCAAGCUAGUCCUGUCCAAACAACAACACCUGCGGUCAGCAGUGGAAAAGAUGGUGAAAGUUGAGACAUCGUUACUGAAUAGAAGAGAUUUCGAAGCGAAGCUUCAGGAAUGGUCACAGCUUUUGGGUGAAAUGGAAAACUUUGUGGAACACUUUGGGCCUUUUAACGAGGAUGACAAAGAUUUGGAGUUUCUUUACUUCGAGUUCUUGCAGAGUCACGCGGUAAUCCAAGAGUCCCUUCAUGACUUUUUAAACAAAGAGUCCUCUGGAGGCGCCAGUCCUCACAAGAAGGCACGUCUCGCUGAACUGAAUAAACGCUGGAGCAGAAUACGCACCAUUCUGCAAAAUCGAGAGAGGAAAUUAAAGGCUUUAGGUAUGUUAAUCUCCGAGGUGAAGACCCCUCCGAGACAACCUCUACAGGACGCUAUCGUUCCUGAGAAGGAGGAAGUAGUUUUGGAUUCACCGCCCAGAGAAAUGAAAACGCCAGAGGCUAAUGACCCAAGGGUCACUACCCCACGGAGCAAAUCUACUUCUCCCGCCCGGGAAAUAAAGACGCCCCCAAGCGUGGAAAAGAAGUCUCCAAGGACAAAAAGGAAACAAUACGAAGAAGAAUUGCGGGAAUUUUCCGUGUGGUUGACAAGUCAAGAGAAAGCAUUUCAUGAUCUCGUUGGUGAUGAGAGUUUGCCGCCUACAAUGGAAGCUUUAAAGGGAAGACUGCAGCAGUUCCAGGGCUUUUCCCGAAGCAUUCAGAGCCAAAAGUCGAGGGUGGAUAUGAUGCGACACUAUGCGACACAAAGCGGAGAACACGUAGAUGUUGAUGUCGUCGGCCCUAGGUACGAAGAUGUUGCGAAGAUUGCUGAUAGCAUGUGCGAAGUUUGCGAGGAGAGCGCCGAGUGGCUAAAGUCGGUAUUAAUCCAGUGGCAUUCUUUUGAGGAGUCCUCGAGAAAGUUCAACUCUUGGUUGGACAACUUAUCUCGGAAAUCAUUUGCUCUCGCGAGAGAAAUGCGUGAAGAUCAUAUUGAUGCUGUAUUGAUCAAAAUGAUGAAGUAUCGUGAACUAGAUCGAAAACUUACGGAGCGACAGCCGAGUAAGGAUGGUUUGGUGUAUGAGGCUGAACAGGUUCUUACUGCAACAGGCAAUGCAGAUGUCCAGGCUUCUCUUACUCAGUUCCGAGAGAGAUGGCGCGCCCUCCGUCAAGAAACCCGUAGCGAGCGACAACGCAUGGAACGGCUCCUGCAGCUUUGGCGGGAAUAUCAGACUGGUGUCGAUGAACUGGUCGACUGGCUUAUGUCCAUACUUAGUCUGAUGAGGAACGAUGAGAUCUGCGAUGACAGUUUGGAUAUGUUAGAGGCGCAGUUGGAACAACUAAGGCAUUAUCAAAGUGAAGUGGAGCGUCAACGGUCCAUCAAAGACAACUUGGAUCAAAUUGCGUCGCAGUUGGAAGAAACAACUCGUGGACAUGCGGAAGAUUUGAUAGAAAGUCAGUCCCGACUGAACGAGAACUGGUCGGAAUUGUGUGCCUUACUUGAGGACCGUGAAAAUGAGCUUCAAGGAGCACAAACCGAUCUGCUAAUCCUGAAGUGCCAAGACGAUGUUGAGCAAUUGGAGGCGUGGUUUAAAAGCGCCUUGGACACAAUCGAGAAGCCAGUUUUGGUUCUCAGCAGCGCCACGUUUGAAGAUGCUAAAGAACAGUUAGGGAAAUAUAGGACAAUCGAAAAGGAAUUCGACAGCAAACGGGAAAUUCUGGAAUUACUUAACAAGAGGGUAGACCAGUCACUAAACGAGAGGAGAAACGCGUCUGUAAGGAACGUCAUCGGAGGAUUGCGGCGGCUUAACGCGCAGAAAACACAACUCAUGACCUUUUUGUCGGAAAAGGAGAAACAGCUUAAGCAGGCACUCAACCGUUGGGUGGACUUCCAGAAACUUUACAAGGAGCUAAAAAAUAUCAAUGAAUGGUUUGAACAAAGAGAAGAGACGCUGAGCAAGUACCAGAGGAUUGUGACUCAGAGGGAAUUCGAGAUCGCUUUGGAAGAUGUCAAGGCAAUGAAAGGAUUCUUAGUAACGCAACAAGAGGCCGUGAAGAACGUUGUGAGAGCGGCUGAACGUCUGCGUGGAGAUACCGCUUUCGACCAGGAGGAAGUACAAGAGACUAUUGAAACAGUUCAGGAGAGAUGGUCCGAACUGACUACUAAAGUUGACGAAUAUGAGGUGUGGCUGGAAAGUUCUGUACAGGCAUGUAAACAGUACGAAGCUUCUAUUGAGUACAUCAAGAACGUACUGGGCGAUACCGAAGGGAUAUUGGAAAGAACAAACGAUGGAAGUUUUCAAGAACUGAAGGCACAAAUCGAACAGCUACAAGCAUUGCGAGUUGACAUUGGGGAAAUCAGUGGACGAGUGAGCGAAGUAACCGAAUUAGCGACAGACUGGGCACAAAACAGUGAGCCUUCGGCGUCGCAACGCCUGACGAAUGAAAUCACGUCACUGACAGAUCGUCAUGGCUCAGUCUCUUCUCGUCUUAUCAAGAAAGAAAAGGAACUGGAAGACGUUUUGUUGAAGUGGCAGAGGUUUGAGACAUCGUGCACGGACAUCCUUGCAUGGAUCGAGAGUCAAACAGCUGUGCUGAAUGAGUCUGUUACAGUAGACGUGUCACUCACCGAACAGUUAGAACAGCUGGCUAUUUGUCAACAAGUGCAGCAGGAUUUGGAACUUCACCGUGAUUGGCUGACAUCGAUUAACACAAUGGCAGACUCACUGAAAGAAAAGAUCCAUUCUGGAGCCAAUCACAUCACCCCGCUUAGGAAUGAAGUCAAUCAGUCAUUUUCCUCGUUUGAAGAACAGCUUCGAACCAAACACGAGCAGAUUGCGUUAGCCACGCGCAGCUUCACGCAACUACAAGAGUCGGUUAACAGCCUUAUCACUUGGCUUGAUGACGCUGAAACAAGAGCCGUAAACGAGAGAGAUUUGGAAAAUUCUGAGAAACUGGAGCUACAAGAGGAACUUUUGAAAGAUCUCGACGAAUCGAAUCAUAGACUGGAGUCCUUGAACAACGGCAUCGAUGAUAUGAUAAAUGGAACUCACCAGAAAGAAUUUCAAGAGAUGAAAGAUCAGGUAGCACAGCUUGAAGAACGCUGGGAUCAAUUCAGAAGGAAACUCUCGUCUUCUAUUGAAGAUAACAAACGGGCGAUCAGGAGACAAGUGGAAUUUGAUCAAGAACACCAGAAAAUUUGUGCAGUCCUACAAAAUGUCCUGCAAGGAACGGAGAAUUUGAGCCUUGAUCAGACAGAUGUGGCUGUGAAUCAUGAUCAUGUAGAGGAUUUCCAAUCCAACUUCGAAAGAUACCGUGUGGAUUUCGACUCUCUGCUUCGUCAGUCAGAAGAUCUUGAUCAAGAUGCGCACACAGGGAGUAAUUACAAGACACGCCUUGAUGAUAACAUGUCGCGCGUUCGUCAGUUAUGGAGCUCUGUGCUGAAGAGAGCAGAUGAACACAAAGAGCAAGUUGGUCGGCAGAAUGAAAGGUUGAAAGAAUUUCAAGGUCUGAGUUCAGCGUUGAUAAAGUGGAUGGAUGGAAUUGAAACGCACAGCGGAUUCACAGUUCCAUCGUCUGCGAGCAUUCAACAGAUGAAGGUCCACUUUGAACAUGUUAAGAUGUGCCAAAAAGAGAUCCAUGCUCACAGACCGGAGUACAACAACUUCUGCUCUACUGGUCAGCGAAUAAUCGAAGAAGCACCAGGAAAUUUAGGUAACAAAGCCACCAGUGAACUCGACAAGGUAACGAGGCAAUGGGUAAUGAUAACAAAUCGUGUGACAGGCAACCAGCAGCAAUUGGAGCUUUCACUAAAAGAUUGGCAGGAGUACACGUCACUCAGUGAGAACCUGAUGGUGUGGUUGAGGGAGAAGGAAAAAAUACUUAGAGCUCAGUCCAAGGCCCUAACGGUUCGUGACGUUGAGAGGGAGCUAGGCACCAUGAAGGCUAUCGCUGGAGAGAUCGAUGAACGGAAACCUCAGCUGGAUAAAAUCGCCUGGCGGGCGGAGGAGCUUUCGAAAUCAACGGACCAAUACGACUCAGAACGGAUCAAGAAACAAGUUUCCUCCAUGACCACCCUAUGGGGAAGCGUUUGUCACCUGUUGUCAAGUUCCAUGCAGUCCUUGGCUGAGAUCAUAAGACAUUUCCAACUGUUUAGUCAACUACAUGGAUCCCUCUCUGAUUGGUUGGUUAAUGUUGAGUCGUCGGUAACACGUGAUCUUGAAGAGUCGUUUCUCAGUAUCCCGGAUGAUCAAGGAGAUACUGUCUUUCAGGUUUAUGUAGCUGACAUAGAAGGUCACGAGAACACUAGGUCGACUCUGAACGAAAGUGCGUACUACGUCAUUAGCAAGGCGGGUGGUACGCCUUACGCAGGUGCAGUUGCUGAAAAACAGAAACACCUGAAUGACCGUUGGCGCGCUUUGUGUCAGCAGUUGGGAAUCACAUACAAGAAGGCAGAGGAAACUAGAUACGGAUUGAAACUAUUGGAGAUUCAACUGAAGCAACUAAAUACAUGGAUGGCCGAGGUGGAGACGAAAUUGAGGGAGUUUUCUGUCGUGGGCUCGUGUAUUCUUCCUGAGCUUCAAAGGAAAGUGAAGGAAAUGAAGGAUACUGAAUCAGAUGUAGAGCGACGCGCCGUUGACGUACAAACGGUUCUUCGAUUGUGCGAGAAACUUCGCCGGGAUCGCAUGGCGUGCCCUUCAGAAGAGGAUCGUCAAAGUCUGCAAAGGACUAAGGAGAGUUUUGAAAACCGCUGGAUAAAUGUUCGUCGCACUGUCUCAGCGAAGAGAAGGCAAGCGGAAGAAAGAAUGGUGCUGUGCAGAGAGUUUUGGAACGAGUACGAGAAGUUUGUGGAGUGGAUUGACGAGACGGAAACCGCUGUCAAGAAAUCCGAGGCAGCAAUGUCAUCAGACUUGGAGGUCUCAAAGAGUAAAUUGAAAAGAUUUGAGGUGUUUCUGGAAGACAUAAACUCUCAUCGUUCGCAGCUGGAACGUAUCAUCAAGCGGAGUAAAUAUCUGCAGCUGGAAGCCAAUACUACUUCUGCUUCCGAUAUCAGACUUGGAGUGGAGUCAAUACAGAGCCGGUGGGGAGCGAUUCGUAGUCGCGUAGAAAAUCUUGUCCACCGCCACAGCAAGUUGUCAGAUAAAGCGGAGAAAUUCGAGGUUCUUCGUCAAGAGGUGUACAGCUUUUUAACAGAAGCGGAACUCAAGCUGAUUACCCUCGAUCCUUAUACUUCAGAGGUGGAACCAAGAGUUCAGCUGGAGAAACUUAAGGGCUUACAAAGACUCAUCAAUAUGAACUAUGCGAAGCUUAAAACUUUGCUUCAAGAAGGAAAAGCCAUGCGAGAGUAUUGUUCACCGUCGGAAUUCCAACCAGUACAACAGACGAUGGACGAACUUAACUCCAGAUGGCAACAGGCCCUCCACUGCUGCAUGACGUGGAUCUUGGAUCUAGCAAUUCCCAGUCCUCGCUCCAGUGCUGCGGCAGCAGCUGAAACGAAUUAAUUCGUCCCGGAAUAACAUGUUCAAUGUUUGUUAUACUUGCAAUUAAAGGAAAAAGGUCAUGAUUAUCUCCGUUUGGAAAGUACUUUUUAUGACUAUAUUUUUUUCGACGAAUGAUCUUGUACAUAGAGAUCAAUACUUGGUUUAUAAUUGUGUAUAUAAACUCCCUCCCCCCCCCCCCCUACUCACGCAAUACGUUGACAACACUUUGUUAUUUCUACGACUGGCCAUUUCUAUACAGCAAUGUGCUUGUUAGGUUAUCUUAGAGUUUUUAAAGGAUAUUCAUAUUAUUAUUUUCAGUGUAUUCGGCUCGGCUUUAAUCAGAGGUAAUAGAUUUUCUUCCUUCACUGAACGAGUGUAGGUGAAGUAUUUUUACAGGACUCUGUACUUAAUAUGACAUAGUGUCCUCAGAUACGUGUAUAUUAGUUAAUAGUUUAAGAAAUGCAAAGUUAUUUUUAUAGACUUGUCUAAAAUAUUGUUGACUCAGAAGAGUAACCUUUAUAUCAAACGAUGUUUGUUCAUUAAAGACACAAGAGACUAGUA